AUGCCUGAAGAAAGCGAUGAAAACACCACAGCAAUGAUUCACAAGCUGUUGGAAGAAAAGCUUGGGUUCGAGGACGCUGUUAUGAAAAUAAAAAUCGACCGUUCUCAUCGCUUGGGAAAAAAGAAACGGGGAGAAACGCGACCAAUUGUCGCAAAGUUCAAUUUUCAUCAGGAUAAAGUUUCAAUCAUGCGGAAUGCAAAGAAGCUAAAAGAUACGGCAAGCAGAAUCGGAAUUUCUGAGCAAUUUCCCGAGGAAAUUGUCAGAGAAAGGAAGAGGCUUUACCCAGAAUUUAAAAAGGCAAGACGUAACAAUCUAAAAGCUACUCUUGUCAGAGACAAACUGUUUAUCAAUGGUGAAUUGUUCAGGGGAUAA